CCCAAAUGUGUCCCGGGGCCCCCGCGCGGGAGGAGGUCGGAGGGCCCCACCCCGCCACCGGCCCCUUCUGGGCUCAGAGCAGAUGUGGGGUCCAGCUCAGGCUGGCCCCCGACGGGAGGUGCUGAGCGGGGUCUGCUGCCCGCCCGGAGCUGCCUGUUCCAGGGAACCACUGGGACGUGCGGGGACACCCGUCAGGAGUACGGGGUCCAGGAGUGUGGCUGUCCAGGGCGCUUGGAGGAGCCGCUGGACCCUUAGACAGGUGGGCAGGGCCAGCUGGCCCUCUACACAGGCUCAGUCCGAUGGAAGUCCCAGCAGGGCACUGGCCUCAGCUCAGCCACGGGGCCCCUCCCUUGGGGCCAGUAUCCUCGGCCAGUGCAACCGGCAACUAAGGGACCACGUGUGGGUUUCAGGGCUGCCUGGGCAGAAUGUCACAAUGGACGAGGGGGGCACACCCCUGCUCCCUGACAGCCUCAUCUACCAGAUCUUCCUGAGCUUGGGCCCAGCGGACGUACUGGCCGCCGGUCUGGUGUGCCGCCAGUGGCAGGCAGUGUCCCGGGACGAGUUCCUGUGGAGGGAGCAGUUCUACCGCUACUACCAGGUGGCCCGAGACGUGCCCCGGCACCCAGCGGCCACGUCCUGGUACGAAGAGUUUCGGCGGCUCUAUGACACGGUGCCCUGCGUGGAGGUCCAGACGCUCAGGGAGCACGCGGACCAGGUUCUGCACCUCAGCUUCUCCCACUCGGGCUACCAGUUCGCCUCCUGCUCCAAGGACUGCACCGUCAAGAUCUGGAACAAUGGCCUGACCGUCUCGCUGCGGCGCAGCGUGGACAUGCGGCCCUAUAACUGGAGCUACACCCAGUUCUCCCAGUUCAACCGGGACGACUCGCUGCUGCUGGCGUCCGGGGUGUUCCUGGGGCCCCACAACUCCUCGUCGGGUGAGAUCGCAGUCAUCAGCCUAGACAACUUCGCUCUGCUGUCGCGAGUACGCAACAAGCCCUACGACGUGUUUGGCUGCUGGCUCACGGAGACCAGCCUGAUCUCGGGGAACCUGCACCGCAUCGGGGACAUUACCUCCUGCUCAGUGCUCUGGCUCAACAACGCCUUCCAGGACGUGGAGUCAGAGAACGUCAACGUAGUGAAACGCCUCUUCAAGAUUCAGAACCUCAACGCCAGCACCAUCCGCACAGUGAUGGUGGCCGACUGCAGCCGCUUUGACAGCCCUGACCUCCUGCUGGACGCCGGCGCGUCCCCCGGCCGCGUCUUUGACCUGGGCAGCGACAGUGAGGACGAGGCGGGAGGCCCAGGGCCAGGGCCGGCUCCGGCCCGCACCAAGGAGGGUUUGCGGCGCUUCUUGGAUGGGCUCCUGGAUGGGCGGGCGCAGCCCCAGCUGUCGGAGCACGCGCUGGAGACCAAAGUGGCCGAGCUGCUGGCCCAGGGCCGCACCAAGCCCCCAGAGCACAGCAUGGCCAACGCCCACAAGCUGCUUAUCUUCACCACCGGCUGCCUCACCUACUCACCACACCAGAUCGGCAUCAAGCAGAUCCUGCCGCACCAGAUGACCACAGCUGGGCCUGUGCUGGGCGAGGGCCGGGGCUCGGAUGCCUUCUUUGACGCCCUGGACCACGUCAUCGAUGUGCACGGACAUAUCAUCGGCAUGGGCUUGUCCCCAGACAACAGGUACCUGUACGUCAACAGCCGGGCCUGGCCUAGCGGCUCCGUGGUGGCCGACCCCAUGCAGCCACCGCCCAUCGCAGAGGAGAUCGACCUGCUGGUGUUUGACCUCAAGACCAUGCGGGAGGUGAAGCGGGCUCUGCGGGCGCACCGCGCCUACACACCCAACGACGAGUGCUUCUUCAUCUUCCUGGACGUCAGCAGGGACUUCGUGGCCAGCGGGGCAGAGGACCGGCAUGGCUACAUCUGGGACCGGCAUUACAACAUCUGCUUGGCUAAGCUGCGGCACCAGGACGUGGUCAACUCGGUGGUGUUCAGUCCCCGAGAGCAGGAGCUCCUGCUGACGGCCAGCGACGACGCCACCAUCAAAGCCUGGCGCUCUCCCCGCACGGUGCGCAUCCACCAGGCCCCGCGUCCGCGUCCCUACCCUUUUAUCUCCUGGUUUGGCAGCCAAAGGCGCUGAGAGGGGCACUGGCCGACAGGAGUGUCCUGGGGCUGCUGGGACCCGCUGAAGAUGGCACAGAGGCCUGCAGCCUUUUCCCGAGGGCUCCGACCGUGUGGCGGGCAGACACACUCGGGACAGUCAAGCCUUAGACGCGGGUCCAGCAGGACCGCCGGGAGGGGACGGCCUGCCCCCCCCCACGCUCACACCACACACCGCCUCCCACGGCUGUGACCUUCAGCGCGGGGGUCGCCCCCCCCGGCUGGCUUGGGAUGCACUGGACACGGGCCCUGCCCUUCCUCCACCCUCUUCCCCCAGGGCCUGUGCCCCGCGACCGUCCGCAGCACACGUAUCCUUCGGUCGGGCCUCCUCUGGGAACUCCUUUGCUCACCAGCAGGGCCGGCGGCGCAGGUCAGUGUGCCGUGGGCCCAGGCAGACUGCAUGUCACUGGUCACCCGUGCGGGCCUGAAUAAACAGUUGGCAAUAGCA